UCAUAUAUAUUCUUAUCCAUAUAGAAUCCUAUAGCUUCUGCUGAUGGAGAAAAAGAUGCAAGUGGAAAACAGAAAAAGGACGUUCCAGUUGUCUCUCUGAAAGUUUUGACUAAUGGGACAAAUGGUGUAGCUGUAUACAUUCCUCCAUGUUCAUCAGCCAACACAGGGAACAAUGCAUACUCCACUUUACCUAAAACUGUGCAAUCACCAGCCGUACGUUAUGUUACAGACAUGCAGCAAAACUCCCACAGUAAUUCCUUCUCUUCUUUUCCAAAUGUCCCUAUGUUACCAACACCACCAGUUUUUAGACCUUUCUUUCCUAAUUAUAUGUUUAUGCCACCUCCAUGUCAAUUUCCAUCCACUUUUGGAGGUAUACCAGCGCAGAAUUCAUUGGAGAUGCGCUUUCCUACUUCAACACCAGUCCCAUUUCCACAGGUGCAGCAGAACAUGAUACCUCAAGCAAAUGCCUUGUUUGCUUCUUCAUUGAUGAAUUAUCGUCCACCUAAUUUACUUGGCCAGAUUUCAGGAUUAGGAGCAACCUCUUCACCACUGCAGUUUCCAGUAUCUUCCCAUUCACCAGUUUCAAGUUCUGUACCAUUGCUAUUUCCUGGUGGCGUAAAUAACACCAACAUCAAUCCUUUUCUAAAUCCUCAGAGAAAUUUUGCUCAACAAGGAAAUCCAUCACUUCCUUUACCUGCUGCACCUCCAGUCAAAUCUCUACAGUGGUUUCAAGGUCAUUCCAUAAGAAAAACAAAAUGAUGGAUCAUGUUUUAUUAUACUCUGAUGAAUGUUCAAAUAUUCAUGCUUAACAAGUUCACCAUCUACAUUAUUGUGCCAACUUUUAUUUGUUUGUUUGUUUCAGCAGCAAAAUGCUGUAAGUUUUACGCAGUAUGUAUUCUGUGUUUAAUAUUAGUUCCUAGUUUUACAGCCAAAAAUAAAACUUUUCAUGUGUGUUUUUAUGUAAAUAGUGUUGCAGAUUAUAUAUGAAGUGUUAACAAGUUUCAUAAAUUGUCUAAAGCAAUGGAACUAAAGUGAGUGUGUCAUUUAAUAUGACCAGAUUUUUUUUUACGGGUAUUCUUGUUUUUGUGUUAUUUUAAGUAGUUAUAAUUAUGUGUUUGUAUGUUAAGUUUGACAUAAGCAUAGUGCAACAGAAGCUAGGUAACUUCUUAAAUCUGCUCUCAAUUUCUUCUGUACUUGGUAUUAUAUGUUUUAUUGUAAAUGUCGUAAAAUGUUUCAGCAUAAUAUAACUUGUAUUCAUUAUAUAUGUUGAAGUGCCAAAAUAUAAGGCACAGUGUUAUUGGCAUGUAAUUCUUCUAUCUGAAUAAAUGUGGCUAUUCAUUGUGAUACUUAAUCAACAAGUUGCUAGAAUUGUUACAGUGAUAUGUUAAUGACUAUUUAUAAUGCAGUCAUUUUAUUGGAUGCCAUUUGCAAGACAGUUAAUGAAGUUUUCAGUGAUUGAUAGGGGUUUUUAGUAGGAGUUAUGAGGGUUGAUAACUGAGCCAAUUCUGUAUAACCUUAUGCAUUGUAAAAGCAUGCACUAUCCUACUGAAACAAACCAUCUCCCUGCCAUGGAAACUUGCAAAUAUGGAAUGAGAUCUGACUUUCUUAAAAGCUGAUGAUAUAUAUUAGUUGUAUGUGAGGAAGAUACCACUUGCAGUGGUGCUUUUUUGCAUAGGGAAAUCAGAGUUCUUCCAACACAGCCAUGUGGUAAAAUUCAUAGUUCAAUGAUGAUUGGCUUCCCACAGAAAGGCAUUAUAAUGUCACAGAAACAACAGUGAUACCUGACAAAUACCAAAUCUUGUGGAAUGCUGUAUUCACAAGUAGUGAUUAGCAACACCAUUGAAUUUAAAUGUGAUUUAAUGUAACUUUUACUUGUUAUCAACAUGAGGACAUCUACUCUUAUGACAUUCCACUGAUAUUUGAUAGAAUUUAUAUAUUUCUGGAUAUUCUUUCCAUUGUUGUCCAUAAAGAUACAAUAAUAUCUGCUGUCUCAGAGAUAAAAUUGCUUAUCCUAUGUUAGUUCGAAUGCUGAUAAUUUUUUUUUCCAUAUCUCUAAACUCUGAAUCUGACAUUGAAGCACUACUGCAGAUUCAAAAUUAUUCCUACAUUUAGCAUUCAACUGAAAACUAUUUUGGGGAGGUUGGUAAUAGCAGUCAUAAGCUUAAUAUAAAGUUAUACCUAAUAUUUUGACAUUUCAGAUUAUGUAUAUACAUGUUUCAUAUUCUCUUUUAUUGUAUUUUAUUUUAUGUAAAUACAUAAAUGAAUAUGCUCGGUCAUUGUUUUGUUGUUAUAUUUUUAGUUUACUGAGAUUUGUAAAUAUUCGACUUUUGAAGUAUCAGUAUGAAGUUUAAAAAUAAAAUAUGCAUCUGUAAUUUAGUAUAAUAGUUUGACCUUUGUUUACUUUAUGAAAAGCAUCAAGUUCUAAUUUUUGGUCACAUUAAAAAAAUUGCUAUUUCUAGGAAAGGUUUAUGCAUGCAUUUUAUCUUGCAGAAUGUUCUUUUCAAAUAUACUUCAGGUUAUUGCAAAAUGUUUAUUCUUGCUGUGUUGUAUUUUGGUUAUUUUGUGUUAUUGAAUUCCAUAGUUAUUUAUACAUGCAUACACUCAUUAAUACACAUUAAAUAGCUGCCAAUUUUUGCCCAUAUGAGUGUGAGUCUAUAAGUGCAGAGCAUUUAUUUUAGUAUUUAGAACUAAAGACUAUUGAGUAAUAACUUAUUCAGUAGUGCAUGCAUGCAUAAUGCAAAUAAAUAAGCGAGUAGAAUAAAGCAUUUUGAACAAAUUAGAAAACAUUUGCAACAAAACAGAUACUUAGUUAAUGCAUAGUCUGUAGUUCUUAGUUAUUUGCAAUCUGUUUGUUUUUCUCAAGGAGGAAGGUUAGUAAUCAUUCAUA